UCACUGGCAACACCGAUGUUUUCACAACAAUUUUUCUCGCAGACAACAAUUCUAGAAACUGUCAAGUUUGUUACGUUGACGUUUUUUUUGCGAAAAUCCUUUCUUUAUUUUACUAGAAUUGUAAUAAAAUCUAAAACGGCCUCCAGUAACGGGUCGCCGUCGCGUGGACAAAGGAGCAUCGACCGUGAUGUAAAGGCUCGCGGGGACGAGCACGCGCCUAUGUCAGACUCGCAGUCACAGGGCCCCGAGGCCAUGAGUGAGCGACGUCCCUUUUUCUAUCCAGACAGUAGUAGUGAUACGGAGGAGUACAGAAGGGACGAAGAGCGUCGCAAGCGGCUAUCUAAGCGCACUGGUCCGAACAUUCGAACGCGUCCUACGAUGCCACCUAAGAAUUUGAGCACGAAUGCCCCGACACCAUCGACGUCGACGGCACAAGAGCCCCCGAGGAAUGGACAGAAGAGUCAGAUUCAGCUUGGCGAGGACCGGAUUACUCUAGUGGUGGACAAUACGAGGUUCGUGGUGGACCCCGCGCAGUUUACCGCCCAUCCGAACACUAUGUUGGGCAGAAUGUUCAGCUCUGGCCUAGAAUUCACCCAUCCAAACGAGCGAGGGGAGUAUGAAGUAGCAGAGGGCAUAUCAGCGACAGUGUUCCGUGCCAUCCUGGAGUACUACCGGCUGGGCAGCAUCAGAUGCCCGCCCACCGUCUCCGUGCAGGAGCUGAGGGAAGCCUGCGAUUAUUUACUCGUGCCUUUUGAUGCUAAUACUGUGCGCUGUCAGAACCUUCGAGGGCUCCUCCACGAGCUAUCAAACGAGGGUGCUCGUCGCCAGUUCGAAUCCUUCCUCGAGAGAUUGAUCCUCCCCCUCAUGGUGGAGUCAGCGCAGAGAGGGGACAGGGAGUGCCACGUGGUGGUCCUGCUGGACGAUGACUCGGUGGAGUGGGACGAGCAGUAUCCUCCGCAGAUGGGGGACGAGUACUCGCAGACGGUGCUGUCCACUCCGCUGUACAGGUUCUUCAAGUAUAUUGAGAAUAGGGACGUAGCAAAACAAGUGAUGAAAGAGCGCGGCCUCAAGAAAAUCCGCCUAGGAGUCGAAGGCUACCCAACAUACAAGGAAAAAGUGCGCAAGCGACCUGGUGGGCGCGCGGAAGUCAUCUACAACUACGUCCAACGCCCAUUCAUACACAUGUCUUGGGAGAAAGAAGAAGCCAAAUCACGCCAUGUAGACUUCCAAUGUUUCAAGUCGAAGUCAGUGACUAACCUGGCUGAAGCUACAGCCGACCCAGUCAUAGAAUUGGACGCGAAUAGGGUAAGAGAUGACGAAGUGCCUGAGCUUCUGCCUGAACCAGAAAUCGAAGCUGAAGCUCAGUGAUUAGUGAGCCGCUCUUCAAGAGCGGUUGUCAGGAUGUUGUCUGCACUAUUUUGCUGGGUCUGACAGGAGAACCAUGUGUGAGUGGAUAAAUAAUCAAGAAGUCGUUGGCUUUACUGUUUUAAGGUUAGAAGUCAGCGGCAACGUGUUGUUGGAAGUCGUUGACUAUUGUGUAAGUUGGAUUAGCGGAUGGAAGUCCAUUUAUGUAGCUUUUUAAAUUGAAAGUUAUUGGCAACUUGUGAUUGGAAGUCGGUGGCAACUUAUUAAUUGGAAACAGUUGAAUUAAAAUAGCAAUUGCAAGGGAACUUUUCGGGAGUCGGAAGUCAUUGGCAACUGUUUGGGUAAUUGGAAGUUGUGUGAUUGCUUUUUUAAUUUUGGAUCGUUUUGAGUGAUCGCUCACACAUAGGUAAAUUGGAAAGUGAUUUUAUUGUGGCAAGUGAAAGACUUUUGUACUUAUUAUUUUAUUACGUGGUGUUGGGUACAAUGGCGUGCUUUUAAACGGGUUCAUAUGUACACAGUGCCUUUAGCCAAACGCCACUUUAGCGCUUAUCUACAGAGAGAGUAGAAAACUAAAUGUAUGGGGAUGACACUGACAAGUGUCAAAAUUUACGUCAAUCCCAUAUAAUUUGGUUUUCUAUUCUACAUGUAGACGAGCGAUAAAAGACAUUUGGCUAGUAGCUGCUGAUCUGCUAGAGGAAAUUUAUCGCUAUGUUAACUAUCUUUAGAGCUAUAUUGUUUUGCUAGUGUAAUUAUUUUGAUGAGUAAUUUUCUUUUCUUUUAACUGACCGUGUGAUCGGAAGUGCGACUGCCCAAGUCUGGUUCAAUUCUCGUGUUAGACAACGAUGUGCAUGCGUUUUUAAUUAUGCUACGUAAUUUUUCGAACAUUAAAUUUUUUGAAACUAAACGUACAAUCAGCAUCAACAGUUGGUGAACAGAUUUCGAUUUUCAAAAUUACUACACCGUAAUAUACGUAAAUAGCCGAACAUGGCAAACACCAUAAAUGCAACACAAGAUACUUAUUUGUUUCUGACGCUUGUCAUGUUGACUCGUCGAGUACCGGUUUUGUAGACACAAUUAUAGAACAAUAGGUUGCGGUCACCGGUGACCGCUUGGUGUUUGACAGUUUAACUGAUUUAGAUAAAACGGCGUUCAGCGAUUUUGUUAAUGUAAAUGUGAAUGAAUGAAUGAAAGCCAUUUAUAUCUCAGUACAUGGUGCACACAGGUCUUAAAAUUAACAAAGUUCCACACAUACUACCGUUACCGGUGUAGAAAUAUAAAAUUGUAUUAACAGUAUUAAUUUAUGUCUAAUUAAAGAACAAUUAUAUUGAAAUUAGUAUGUUUACGGCUCAAACCUCACCCAUUUCUGGGGAACUACUAGUUGCGGGAUUUUGGCCAAAGCAACUUUGGGGAUGAAAUAAUAUGUGAUAAAUUAAUCUAUAGAUAAAAACUUCCUAACUAUUCUGCAUGUAUUGAGUAUGACUGCUUUCUGUAAGAGUGUGAAUUAAGGGUCUUUAGACUCGUGUGGAGUGUUUUAGGGAUAGUAUUAUUAUUAUAGGAAACAAUUCAAAUAAAUUAAAACAGGUAAAGUCAGAAAAUAAAUUAGAAAUGUCAUAAAAUUAAGAUGUCAAUAAGAAGAAAUUAUGUAUCAGAUAAUGUGUUCAUCAACUUUUGAUGCUGACCGUACCUAUUGUGAUAUAAGUGUAUGUACAACGAGAACAAGAAGUCAUGUAAUUAGUAAAGUGUUGUACCAUUUUGAAAAUGAAACUGAAAGUUCGAUUCUGUGAUAAAAACUGUUUCUUGCCCCGUUUUUAUGCACGCCAUUACACAUAAUCGUAAUAAAAAUAAUUUAAAAAUAUAGUUAACCAAAAUAUACUGAUGUUAAAGGCGUUUUUAUUUCAUUUUAAUGAUAUGGUUUUAUCCUAUGUCUUUACUCGCUUUUCGUGUACCAAUAACAUUUAAAUUAAGGCAUAUUUUCGAUGUUUUUAUGGAGUGUAGAGGUAAGGAGCACAAUCUUAUUGCUUAUCAACUAUAUAAUAAUAUGGGUAUUUCAUGGGGGCUGCCGUAUUUUGGUCAACAGAUGGCGCUAUCUAGUAAUCAGACAGUUUAUGCAAUCACUAGGCGGGUAGCUGUCAACAAUUUCAAGUCAAUUAGUGUGCUGUAAUAGUGUAGUUUCCUAAAUUUUAUUUUAAUGUCCGUCUGGUACAUUAUUUUAAAACAUUAGACACGUAUUUCUAAUUUU